AUGAGACAGUCCGCACGGAAUCUUGUGGCCCAAAUUCUAAGUAAUGAGGAGCUAAUAAACACCCUGGCAAAUGCAUGUUCUGGCCAACCUAAUAUUAGUACCAGUGUACCGCAUCGUACUACUGAUGAAGAAAUUUAUUCACUUUUUCAUCGUGGAAGACCAAAUGCAGUGAACCUCUCCGGUCAGAUAGCCCCUGGUUAUCCAGCUAACGUUAUGGAGAACGUGCCUUCCACAUCACAGGAGUGCCCCACAACGGGUCCCAUCUACAAUCUUAGACCUUUCACUCGAAAGGGCCCAAGGCAGAAGAGGUUUCCAGCACAGCUAAGCAGGUCACAUUCUGUGGCUCAGUCUUUCACCAAAGAAGUGAUUCUCUUGCCAGACCAUCUAACUGCACAUGUGCCAAGGCGUAACAAAAAAGCUUGGCUUUUUGAAAAUGGACAUAUAAAAUCUGCACUGGAGUUUAGCUGUGACUGUUUGCAUGGUAAUGCAGGCAAUAAGGACAGCCUUCCAGCCAGUUGUUGAAGGAUGCAGGCUGCAGAUUCUGCUGGCAUGCCACACCAAACUAGUUGAGCCAUCACUCACUUCCAAACAGACUUUGAAUGGAGACCUUGUGAAAAAACUGUUUCAUCAGAAGUCAAUUUAUGUCAGACCUGACAAGGUCAUCUUAUGUGAGGACAAUGAAUCAACAUAUUCUGAUGGAGAGAGUAGCCAUACAAGCAGGCAGGAUUUCACAGAAACGUUGAAUUCUGACAAAUGUGUUGAAACUUCUAAAGAAGUUCCCUCAGCCAUUCCCAUUGUUAACACACAGUCCAUGACUGUUGAUGAUGAGGUCAUCUGGUGCGUUGCUACCCAAGAUGUUUGUACUGUUGAAUCUUCCAUCUCUGCUGACACCCUCACAAUGUCCACCAAUCCUUCUGUCAUUGCUACUGAUGAGGAUGAGCCUUACUCCAGUGGAACAUCUGCCUCUGUCAGUUACAACACACCUGGCUUAUCAGUGGGUUCUUCUGCCAGUGUUACUGGUGACACACGUGUCUUCUCUAGUAACACCUCCAGUGUGUCCAAUGGACCUACCCAGCCAAGUUUAUCCAGCACAUCCUACAGUACAUAUCUUGGCCUGUUUGAGGAAGAAUACCUGUCAGAUGACCCCGACCUCCAAGAAGCCAUUUCAAGGUCUUUAGACUCAAGUGCAAGUGAAAGUGACGUCCAGAGCUUAGAGAGAAUCUUGGAGCAGAUUGUUACUAGAGUAAAUAAUGACAGCACUGUACGCUUCAACAUCAUAAGGCGAAAUGUGUGGGAUGGAGCAUCCAGAGCCAUGGGCAGAUCCAAUUUUUCACCAGAGAAAAAAUAG